UUGACUUUUUUGGGGUGAAUCCCAAAUUCUCGCUUCCCAUCGCCACGAGUUGAACGCAACGCAACAAACACAAAAUAAAAGGUGGGCAAACCAAUAGAAAUGUCCUUCUGUGUUGUGAUCUUCGAACAAGCGUGAGCUCAAACACACAACAACACCUGCUUCUGGUUCAGACAACCUUAACUUUGGUCGCUCUUCGGUUCUUUCCAAGUUCCAACCACGGUGUUUGUGUUUUCCGCACGAGUGACGGGAACAGAGAAAAAGCUCAAAUUGCACGUGCCUCUCUCCCUUCUCUAAUAAACUUUAUCCAUUUCUUGUUCGAUUUUGGGCAAAUUUUGGAGUUUUGUUUCCCCUUGUUGGUUCUCUGGAAAUCAAGUGUUCGGAGCUCUGUGGUUUUUGUUGUGGCUAGAUUAAGAAGAAGAAGAAGAAGAAGAAUGUGGGGAUUUGGUGGUAGAUAUUAUUGGGAAAGAAAAGUGGCUUGUGAAAAAGUCGAUGGGAUAGUUGUGGUGUUCGCGUGGAUGUCAAGCGAGGAGAAGCACUUGAUGAAAUACGUGGACCUCUAUUCCUCUAUUGGAUGGAAUUCACUCGUUUGCCAUUCUCAAUUUCUCAAUAUGUUCUUCCCAGAGAAAGCCACAAUUCUUGCUGUUGAUAUUCUUAAUGAACUUGUUGAGGUGCUGAAAAUCAGGCCUUGCCCCAUUGUUUUUGCAUCCUUUUCAGGCGGUGCAAAAGCUUGUAUGCAGAAGGUUCUUCAGAUAAUUAGUGGCAACUCUGAAGCUCAUAAUAUGGAUGACUACCAGAUAGUUAGAGACUGUAUUUCUGGCUAUAUUUAUGAUUCAAGCCCAGUUGAUUUUACCAGUGAUUUGGGUGUUCGAUUUCUUCUACAACCAAGUGUUUUAAAAGUGUCCCACCCUCCAAGAUUUGCUUCAUGGAUUGCAAAUGGCAUAGCUUCUGGUCUUGAUUCUCUUUUCCUCAGUAGAUUUGAAUCACAGCGUGCAGAAUAUUGGUGGACACUUUACUCCACCAUUAAUAUGCAGGUCCCGUAUCUCAUUUUAUGUUCAGAAAAUGAUAAUCUUGCUCCUUUUCAAGUUAUUUCAAAUUUUUUCCAAAGACUAAAAGACCUUGGUGGAGAUGUCAAAUUGUUAAAAUGGAGUGCUUCUCCUCAUGUAGGUCAUUUUCGGCAUCAUCCAAUUGAUUACAAGGCUGCUAUCACUGAGAUCCUUGGCAAGGCAGUUGCAAUUUAUCAUUCCAAAAAUAGUCGAAUUGAAGACGAGAAACAGGGUAUAGAAGGAACAAAAGAUGAGAUCACAGAUCCGUUCUCUGAAUUGAGGAAAGCAGCAAUGUUCUCAACUAGUUUUCAGGGUUUUGCUCUUGCUCCAAGUGAUAAUUUGUCUUCUAGUUCAACGGAGUAUUAUGUGGGUAAAGGUGUUGGCACCAUAGCAGAUGAACGCAAAGGAGGGUUUAUUCAUCUCCCGAGCCGUCCUAGCAUCAAUGCAAAUGGGGUUCUUGGCCAAAUAUUGUUUGAUGUUUGUGUGCCCAAGAAUGUUGAGGAUUGGUGUAUCAGGUCAAAUUCCAAGAAUGCACUAGUAGCAGGUACAAGGAAGCAUGUUCCAUUUAAUCCGAUAAAAUGCAUUCGGCGUUCAAGGUUGUAAGAUUGUUGUGUUGACUGACAGAAGCUUAAGGAGAAUUAUGCUUGGAAGGUUGUGUUGUCUUCAAGGUUCAAAAUUUUUAGGGAGAUCUAAUGGGCAAAAGAGAUGUGUAGUAGUAUUAAUACCUGAAAUAAGAGGCUAACGGACUAUAUAGGUUACCACCUAAGCUGUUCUUUUAGCACUGUGGACUUGGUAAUGUGAUUGAGCAGUUUGCCUUUUUCUUAAUGUAAAAUUGUACAGAUACUUCAACAACAACAACAACGCCUUAUCCCACUAAGUGGGGAUAAAAACAAUGUUUUGACUGAGAUCACCUUGAUAAGAUUAUAGAGGGAAUUAUAAUUGUAGCCCCAAAUUCUGAUCGUAAAGAAAGUACUAAAGACUGCUUCUGAGCUCAAUAUCAACCUCGCUCGUUCAGAAUCAAGGGUGGUUGUUUGACGUGUUGAAUAAAUGGAAUGCUCCUCGGUCUUGUACUGUAGGUUUUUUUUUUUUUUGCUGAAUUUUCUUGUACAGUAGUUAGUACAACUUAUUAAUAGCACAUGUGAAUAGUAUUGUUCCUCAUAUAUAUUUUUGAUUA